AUGUCGUCUUUCGCAUUACGCGCCGCUCUGGCGCUCCCCGCCCUUGCUCCUGUCGCCCAUGCGGCUUACUCCAUUGACAGCAACGAUGCCAUCAAGAGUGCUGCUUCAUCACUUGCCCACGACACUAUGAGCUAUUACAAGGGAAACCUCUCAGGUCAAACUCCUGGUAUUCUGCCCGGCCCUCCUCCUGCUGGUGACUACUACUGGUGGGAGGCGGGCGCCCUCUGGGGCGCAAUGAUAGACUACUGGCACUUCACCGGCGACACCACCUACAACGAUGUCGUGACGGACGCCAUGCUCUUCCAGGUCGGGCCAAACCGAGAUUACAUGCCUCCAAACGGCUUCUGGGGCAUGUCCGCCAUGACCGCUGCUGAAAACAACUUCCCCAAUCCGCCCUCCGACCAGCCUCAGUGGCUAGCCCUCGCUCAAGCCGUCUUCAACACACAAGCAGAUCCUGUGAGGCACGACAACACCUGCAACGGUGGUCUGCGUUGGCAAAUCCCUCUGUCCAACAACGGAUACGAUUACAAAAACAGCAUCGCGAACGGCUGCUUCUUCAACCUCGGCGCACGACUGGCCCGCUAUACUGGCAACAAGACCUACGCCGACUGGGCCGAGCAGACUUGGGACUGGGUCCGAGGUGUCGGAUUUAUGGACGCAGACUACAAUAUCUACGAUGGUGCCCAUGUUGGUACUAACUGCACCGACAUAAACAAAGCCCAGUUCUCGUACAACAACGGCGUCUUCCUGCUCGGCGCCGCCCACAUGUACAAUUAUACGAAUGGCGACGAGACCUGGAAGUCACGAGUACAAGGACUCCUGGACGCGACCAUCAAAGUCUUCUUCCCCAACAAUAUAGCAUACGAAGUGGCGUGUGAAGAGCACAUGACUUGCACGACCGACAUGCUCAGCUUCAAAGGCUACGUCCACCGAUGGUUGGCCACCAUGACACAGAUUGCACCUUUUACGCACGAUCAGAUCAUGAACGUCCUGGAGACUUCGACAAAGGCAGCCAUAAGCCAGUGCACAGGAGGAUCGUCGGGCACUCAGUGCGGGUUCCAAUGGUCCAGCGGCACCUUUGAUGGAAGCGUAGGCGCCGGGCAAUCCAUGAACGUGUUGGGCGCUGUGUCGUCGUUGAUGGUCGGAUCAGUUGCCGCACCCGUGACCAACUCCACGGGCGGCACAAGUGUUGGUAACAACAACGCCGGUUCUUCAUCCGACACAUUCACGGGAGACACGAGGCCACCAACCACGGGUGACAAGGCCGGUGCAUCAAUUCUCACCAUCCUAGUCUUGGCCGCCGCUGCCGGCACCUUUGGAUGGAUGUCGACGGGCAUUUAA